UCGUGUGACGUGAAAUUCCCUUUAAAGAUCUUACCCAAACAUGGUUGCACAGUGUAACACAUUUCUGCACUCAAUUAAAACCACCGUAGGCAUGCGUCAAUUAUAUCCUACCACGUUCAGAUGUGGCCUCAAUGUCCAGGAAAACCUACAGGUUAGCCCACCUGUAAAUGUGUACACGUUUAUUGACAGCAGGCGAGUGUCGCAACACACGCCCACUGACCAAACGGUCCAAGUCUUGUCACUUCGUAGUAUAAUUUCUCCUCUCGACGCGCAUUGGACGCGUGCGUAAACGACACUGGGACUGUAGGAGCUUCGUCUGUACCACCGCCGCUCCUGCCAGACUCGACGUGAAUAGAUCGCGCAACCUUUCAAUGGGGCGAGACACUGCGCGCCAAAGUAGGUACAAUACAAUCAAGAAACGAUUGUAAAAAUAAAGAGGGGAAUAAAGCUUCACGCUUUUUACGCGCUGGAUGUUGGAGUUGAAUGGAAGACCCAGAGGAAGAAGAUCACCCCCGAGCGGAUUUAAAUUCAACUUCUACCAUGCCUUGAACUUGGUUACUUUUACGCGAUUUAUGUUGGACAAAAGUCGCCAAGGUUGACUUAAUACUGAUGGACUUGAUGAGUGCACUGCCAACUUCUUGAUCCAGGGAAACAUUUGGCGAAUGAUGUAAAGGAAGCAAGUGAUUUACAAUAGGACAACGGAUUGGCAAGAUGUGCCGUUAAAACGCUCCUGAUAAAACGCCUUCAUUCACUCAUCGGAUCUUAAGGGGAAUAGCACAAGGGACAUUGCUCUCAGAUUCAAACCAUGUUGUAAGCUGUCAAAUAAUUUACCUCAAAUAAUGAUUUCAACAGUACAAAUCUCCGCGCAGAAUCCUCGUCGCUUUCCAAAAAUGCCCUGCAUAAAGCAUCAACCAAGUUUAAUUAAAAUCCCACUUUAAUUGGUCUACUUGCAUGCGCAAUGAUUUUUUUCCCUUCAUUGUGCGUUACUGCAUUUAACCAUGACUAUGACAUUAUGUCUUCUUUGUUUGUAGCAACGAUUCAAGAUGCAACAAUGUUUUGCAUUGUGAAAUAAGUGUGCACCUAUAACAUUUUUGUGAGGGAUAUUUUUUUUAUCCUAAAGGAAACAUGUUGCAUAUCCUCCUGCUUCAAUCGGUCGUGUUACUUUCAGGAGUGUCCGACUGCCGGGUCCUGGAGGGACUGCAGAGGUACUCCAGCCUCCCCACCUACCUGCCCGUCAACUACCAGGUGCUGGGGGCCGGCUCGGCCUUCUUCCUUAAGGAGGCCAACCAGGAGUUCAUGAGGAACUCCAGCCUGCUGUCUCGGACGGAGCCUUUCUUCAUCUACCAGGCCCGCAGCCUGCCCUCCAUCAACGCCAGCUACGGGCCCCUCUCCGUGGAGCAGUCUGUGCCACUGGACCUCCUGCAAAGCCCCGGGACCUUCCCCACCUCCCCCCUGUUCACCUUCAACUGGAAGGUGCAGACGUUCAUCCUGAACACCAGGGUCCACCUGGCCAAGCCCCGGGUGCAGGUGCUGUUCUACAUCGCCGGCCGCGACUGGGACGACUACAGCACCAUCGACAAGCUGCCCUGCGUGCACAUGUUCGCCUUCCACGAGACCCAGGAGGUUCGCGGCAGCUGCCAGCUGAGGGGCGAGCUGGGGCUGUGCACGGCCGAGCUGGAGCCCCUGGCCGGCUGGUUCAGUCCGCCCAGCAUUGUCCCCGGGCGUCAGCGGAGUGCCACCGAAGUGUCGGAUGGCACGGCGGUGGAGCUCUACUACGUGCUGCAGUCCACGGAGAAGGCAGAGUGCCACUCGGAGGAGUCGCGCAAGGACGGCUUCAUCCGCUCCAGCCAGGAGGGGCUGUUCAGCUCGUACACCUCCACCCCGCUGCGGAGGAUCGGCAGUGUGAGGCUGUACCAGAACCCCAGCCCCCCACCCCUGGUGGAGCACAGGCUGGACGGGAACUUUGUGGUGCUGGUGCCGGCCGCCCCCAUGAAGCCCCGGGACUCGGUGUCGGCCUUUGUGUGCGUUUCUGCCUACUCCUCCGUGCAAAUGUUCACUCUCAGGGUGAAGUUGAAGGAGGGCGUAACGUUCCUGGGGGCCCGGCCCAGCAACCCGGCCCAGUGGAUGGUGAGCCAGGACGUGCGGAGCGAGGGCCACCGGGUGGUCACGCUGCGCUGCCGCCGGAAGCAGGAGUCCGUCUACGACCAGAGGUCAGCUCUCCCCCUGUCCGACUUCAAAUGCUCCCUCUGGGCACAAAUCACACGCUCCACUUGA